AUGUUAACUGUACCAAGAGAGGAAGAACGGGAAGUAAUUUACCCCGUAAUGUUAACUGUACCAAGAGAGGAAGAACGGGAAGAUUAUCAAGCGUACUUUCUAAGCAUGUCCACAUAUGACUUGCUUUAUCAGAAACUGCAAGGCGUAUUUUCUAAACUUAACCCAUAUGAUUUGCUUUAUCAGAAACUGCAAGGCGUAUUUUCUAAACUUAACCCAUAUGAUUUGCUUUAUCAGAAACUGCAAGGCGUAUUUUCUAAACUUAACCCAUAUGAUUUGCUUUAUCAGAAACUGCAAGGCGUAUUUUCUAAACUUAACUAUUGA